CGCGGAAACGUGUCGCACCGCGCGCGUAACGCAUCUAUAAAUAGUUAAAAGAAAGAAAAAUAUGUUGGCCUUUGGCCAAACCAAAUCGACACACACACACACGCAUUCGUAAACAUAUGUCACAGCCCACUUAAGAUUUCUUACAAAAAUUGUAAACCUCGUCGUCGGAGCGGCGUCACCUUGGCCUCUUUAACGUCGCGCGCUCCGCGAUCUCGACCGUUGGCGUAGUGUCCAGUCCGCCGACCUACUAAACCAGUGCAACAAUUUACUUCUACCUGAACACCAGGUCACCAAAAUGGCGAAUCUUCUGCUGCUGGUCUUGCUGGUGCGCGGAGGUCAAGCGUUGUUAUGCUACGAGUGCACCGAGGCCACCAACCCGGACUGUCGACAUCGGAUCGCGAACGUGCAAAGUGUCAUGUGCAGGCAACCCUCCGACGUGUGCGUCGUGCACAGGACGCCGCCCGCCGUACUUAACGUGGAGGAAUACGGGGCUAACAUGACGAUGAAGGUGAUACGAGGGUGCAAGUUUAAGGACUACUGCCAGUACGUGAGGGAGUUCAGCGCGCGAUGCACUACGUGUACCACUGACCUUUGCAAUUUCGCGGCUUCGAGUCCGACGCCGACUGCAUUAGUGCCAAUUUGUAUUUCUGCCUUUUUAUUUAUUAUAGUCUGAAGUAUU